AUGGUGGCUUGGACAAGGCAGAUUUACAUCAGACGAAGGAAAUCCAAUCAUCUUUUCAGGGAAAGAAAGUGGAAGGAAGCGAGGGGUGUGGGAUUCAUCAUAGAGAAGGCUACAGCUAAAUGUGUCUUGAGAUACAACCCGAUCAACGAGAGGAUUAUGACUGUGAGAUUACAGGGGCAUCCUAUGAAUAUCUCCAUAAUUCAGGUAUAUGCACCAACAGCAGAUGCACCGGAGAAAGAAAUCACUGAUUUCUAUGAGAUGGUACAAGGUGUCGUAGACAGCAUUCCUAAGAAAGAUUUCCUCAUAAUAUUUGGUGACUGGAAUGCCAAGAUUGGUAUUACAAGGGAAAAAUCUGAGUUCAUUGGCAAUUAUGGUCUUGGCAUCAGAAAUGAAAGAGGAGAUCGACUGGAAGAAUUUUGUGUAGCAAACAGCUUCAUCAUUGGUAACUCGUAG